CCCGCUGACAACUCCUACUCACUAACACAACAACCCAAAUUAUAGGAAACUUUCAGUUCUCCGGUCGUACCAAAAUGUCUAACCCCAACCCUAAUCCCAACCCCAACCCCAAAGUUUUCUUUGACAUGACCGUCGGAGACGAACCGGUCGGUCGUAUCGUCAUGGAACUUUAUGCCGACACCACUCCUCUUACCGCCGAUAACUUCCGUGCACUCUGUACCGGGGAGAAAGGACUCGGUAGCAGCGGCAAGCCUCUCCAUUACAAAGGCUCUACCUUCCACCGUGUCAUACCUGAUUUCAUGUGUCAAGGAGGUGACUUCACCGCCGGUAAUGGUACAGGUGGAGAGUCCAUCUACGGGUCCAAAUUCGCCGACGAGAAUUUCAUCAAAACCCACACAGGUCCAGGUGUUCUUUCGAUGGCAAAUGCAGGACCCGGUACGAAUGGAUCGCAGUUCUUUAUAUGCACGGCAAAGACGGAGUGGCUUGACGGGAAGCAUGUGGUUUUUGGUGAGGUGGUUGAAGGAAUGGAGGUGGUGAAAGAGAUUGAGAAAGUUGGUUCCGGUUCGGGAAAAACAUCAAAGCCAGUGGUUAUUGCUGACUGCGGCCAACUCUCUGAUGAUAAUCAUCUUAAUAACCAACAACAUAUAUAGCAUGAUGAUUCAUGUUUCAUGGAUUUUAAUUACUUUCGCUUUAGUAGUACGUACGUACGUUUCCUAAUUUGCUGUAUUAAGAAAGUUUUUAAGGAAGGAAUUAAUAAAGUUGUUUGCUGUAUUAAUUUUGUUGAUAA